CAAUCCAUCAUCACCACAAAUAUCGAGAUCGUGAUAUCAUUCAAUUCAAACCAUUGUUAUACAAAACAUAUAAACCUGUAUCUACCACAACAUGAACCCUAUUCCCAACCCAAAGUACUCUGACGAAGAGAUUGAGGGCUUCGCUUGCGCUCAACUUCUGGCCCCUCUACGUAAUAUCCCUAAAGCCUAUUUGAACCAAUUGCGCCAACAUUGUGAAAUCUUUCCCCAUGAUUAUUUAUUCCGCUUGCGACCGUUUGCAGGUCAAGGACAAUAUGGAGAGGUCGAUUGUCAUGAACCCGGUUGCGGUCACGUUCAAAUUAGUUUGUACCCGCGUGAGUCGGUCGCUGAUGGAGGAAGAUCUGAGGGUAUCGGUGGCUUGUCCGCAUUCCAAUCCCACAUUCGCGACAGUAGCAUCCACCGUUCUCUUCGCGAUGCGAGAGUACGUAAGGCUCAUGAAAGGACACCUAAUGUCAAUCCUACGGGGUCAUCUCCGAGCAAGUCAAAAGCUGGCCUCGUUCAGAAGAAGUUGUUAUUUACAUCUACUUCGAAAGCCCCUACGCCAAAGCGACAGAUAUCGGAAAACUAUCGUACUCCUACUAGCAAGAAACCUAAAAUGGAGAGAUCGCCCAUUGUAAUCGACUCCUCUGACAGCGAAAUCGCAGUGCAAGAUGAAAAGCCUGAUAUCACCUCUUCAACACAGGUUGUUUCCGAUGAAGAUGAUCAUGUCAUUUGCCUCGACGGUGAAAGCCGCGUCCCCCUCAAAAGUUCCAUGGCUCGGCUCAGAACGAGCGAUUCGAGAACACCUGCCUCCUCCCGUGAUGUCAAGCCAAUCACCGCCGCUCUUCAAAGAGCGACUAUCUCGCCCCCGAUUCGCAUCGCGCAACCCCCAAGGGUCGACCGUAAUCAACUGCAACGCGAAUUGCAGGAAACCGUUCUUGCUCUCGAAUAUCUUUCGACAUGUCUUAAGGGUGCCAUGGAUACCAAGAAUUUUCUUCGUGUCAAAGAAGUUCGACAACAGACGACAGAGAAGCUCAAGCUCAAGUACAGUUUGGAAAAACAAUUGAAAGAGUUGCCGUCUGGUGACUCGUUUUGGUCAUCGGGGCCAUCGUCAGAUGUUAAGCCAAGCGUGUACAGUUCAGACGUCAAGCCAGACGUCAAGCCGGGUGUUUGCGGCUGGGACAUCAAGCCAAGCAUGCAAAAUAACACGCCUACACCAUACGCAAGCACCUCGAACGCUCAGUCACCUUUCUAUGUCGAUCAUAACGCUCCAACACCUAUGAAGCCGGUCCUUCCUCCUCGUGCCCCGAUCACUGGCGUAAAUUCGCAGCUUGUCGCAUCUCCUCGCGGCGCGGCUUCUCACCUCAUGCGCGAUUCUAGCCCUGAGGACGAACGCGCUCCGAUCGACUUGGAUGACGCAGACUUGCCGAAUCCCCUCUUUCAAAACCCCGAGCUUAACGCUAUGACUGAUGCUCAACGUGAUGAAUUUUACAAGAAGGCUAUCAUGAACCUCGACUUUGAGCACAAUGCAACUGUAGCUCAAGCCAGGAAGGAUCUCGGAAUGCCAGAAACUGGCGAGGCGUACAUCGCGGGGAUGACAUGUCAGUUGAUGCCACAUCAAAUUAUCGGUGUAUCGUGGAUGGUGAAAGAGGAAAAAGGUUCUCAUCGCGGCGGGAUGCUGGCUGAUGAGAUGGGUCUAGGUAAAACUGUCGAAGUGAUUGCGACGAUGGCUGCUAAUCUUCCCUCUGACAAACACCGACGCACCACCCUCAUCAUUGCGCCUCUCGCGCUGAUCACCCAGUGGAAAGCUGAGAUAGAAGAAAAAUGCAGCAUUGAUUACAAAAUUCUUCUCUACCACGGUCAGUAUGAGCGCCCAUCGAAGCACAGCAUACAAAAAUACGACGUCAUCAUUACUACUCCUGGUCAGAUUACUGGACAAUGGCCAGAUGAUGAAGCAGCGCUAAAGGAAUUGGCAGAUAGUUCUCAAACUCCGCGGAAGCUCAUAACCGGUCCUCUUCUUGAAAUCGACUGGUACCGGGUCGUGAUUGAUGAAGCACAAAACAUUCGGAACCCAAAGUCGAAACUUAGUCGAGCCGUAUGCGCCCUCAAGUCCAUUUAUCGAUGGUCCUUGAGCGGUACUCCCAUUUUCAACUGUUUGAUGGAUAUCUAUCCUCAGCUCCGUUUUUUGAAAAUCAGACCAUACAAUGACCUGCGCGAGUUUCGACAACGUAUCACACAUUGGGAGAAAAAACGGCCCAACUUAGCUGGUCAGCGUGCUCAGACUAUUAUAAAAACGUUUACACUCCGUCGACAAAAGACCACGAAACUUGACGGGCAACCCCUGAUCAUACUGCCCGAAAAGGUCAUCGAAGCCGUGAUGUUAGACAUGUCCAUUGAAGAGCGUGAAGUCUACGACUGCAUCGAGAAACAUAUGCAAGCUAAAUUCAAUAAGUUUCUCCGCGCUGGAACGGUUUUGAAGGCGAGUGCAAAAAGUCGCUUAGCAUAUUCGUCGUCACUUUCACUGACAUGUAUACCAUCUAACGAUCUUUGUCUCGAAGAAGGUGAUGGAGAUGACGCCGAUGUAGCAAACCGAGAAGACCCGAUGCAAGAAUUGAAACGUGCCAUUGACACGUUGGGUCAAGAUUGGGUUGACCGCGUGGUUCGCAAAUGUCAAGAAGAGCUUGAUGAGUUGGUCCAAGUUGAAAAAGGAAACCCGGAUGCCACAGCACCAGAGUGUCCGAUAUGUAGCGAUGCACUUGAUCAUACUGCAAGGAUCACGAAGUGCCUCCACACGUUUUGUAAGGGCUGCAUCAAUCAAAUCAUGGAUCACGAAGACCACGCGAAUGUCAUCAACGACCGAGUUCAAGACCCUGAAAAGGUUUCCAAACCCUGUCCUAAUUGCCGCGCGCCUUUCAAGCGCACCGACACUUUCCUUCGGACCGCCUUUUUGCCCGAAGAACCGGAGGAAGAGAAGGACGACGAGGAGGAGGGGGUCAUCCUGACCUCCAAACGUAAAAACAUCGUCAUAGACGAUGACGAGGACGAACUUCCGGAGGUGUCCUUGGGUAAAGGCAAAGCAAAGGCUAAACCUCAAUAUGCGGUGAUACCCUCUGCCAAACUGGUUUAUCUUUUGGAGGAGCUUAAGCGUCUUCGGGUAGAGGCCCCAGAUGAUAGAGUGGUCAUACUCAGUCAAUGGACAUCCUUCCUGGAUAUUGUGGCUCAGUACCUCGACGAGAAUGACUUCCAAUACGCCCGAUAUCAAGGUAGUAUGGACUCAAAAGCGAGAACUGCCGCCGUCCAUGAAUUUCAAAAGGGAGAUAAGCCUUUGAUGCUGAUGUCAUUGAAAUGUGGAGGAGUCGGAUUGAAUCUCACUCGUGGAAACCGUGUGAUUAACCUCGACUUGGCUUGGACCCCGGCGUCUGAGGCUCAAGCUUUUGACCGCGUUCAUCGGUUGGGACAGACAAAAAUUGUUAAUGUCAAACGACUCAUGAUCAACAACACUGUUGAGCAGCGAAUGUUAGAACUUCAAUUAAAGAAGCAAAUGAUCACUGACAACGCUCUAGGUGAAGGCAGCGGAAAACGAUUGCCCAAACUUACCAUCGCCCAGAUCUCAACUCUAUUCGGUCUCGAUACUGGAGAUCACGGCUUCUAAGGCGAAUAAUCGUUUCUGCCAGGACAAUCAUUGGAGUUGAAUUAUAAAAGUAUAUUUUAGAUUAAUCACGAUCUUAUAACCUGCAUCCUUUCGUUUAUCUAUCUCUAUAUCAUUGUGACUGGGAGUUUGAUUCACAAAGACAUAUUUAGCUGUAAGAUGAUGUAUAAACCAAUCCAUAGUCUUACGUCCAUAAAAAAGUAGUUAUCAUGACUGAAAAUGUAAUUAAACCAUUAACUUUUGUGCC